ACACGUUUCGAAAUUAGGAAUCUGUGCUCCACGAACACAGGGUUGGUUCUAGUAGUAUGUUCCAAUUAUAGUUCGAACGCACUACGCAUGACAGGUAGCUGCUGGAACAUCAACUUUAACACAUUUUGGAAAAAAAUAAUAUUCAUCUGCAUUAUCGGUUUAAUCUUCAUCUUAAAAAUAAUUUUACAACCUGCUAAAGCAUGAAAAACGAUUUAAAAUAGUUAUUGGAAAGUUUAAUUUGUUCCUGUAGCGUAUAACCUCUUGUUCAUUAUUUGAAUUUUAUACACGAAAUUUUCAUAUCACGCAUGAUCAAGUAGUUAUAGACAGUCUCCUGGAACAAACCUAUAAAAUUAGCACCGCGAACGCACAUUUUCAAACUUAUGUAUCUAAUGACAGAAAAUGUUCAGGAUAUCUACCGCGAACAAAGCUGCAAUUGCAAAAACAUGGGGUGAUGAAUCGGAUCCAAUAAUACUGUGCGUUCAUGGAAUCAUGGACAACGCUGGAAGUUUUGAUAGAUUGAUACCAAUGCUACCAACUUCGUUUUACUACGUCUGUAUCGAUUUACCAGGACAUGGGAAAUCUUCCCAUUUUCCAUCUCAUCUCCCAAUUCACACAUUAAACUUCAUUUUAGUAUAUAAACAAGUGUCGAUAUACUUUAAAAAGAAGUUAAUCAUUUUGGGGCACAGUUAUGGAGGACAGUUGGGUUUUGUUUAUGCCCAAAUGUAUCCCCAAUGCGUAGAGAAACUUAUUAUGUUGGAGACAGUGACUAUAUACCCAGUACCAACCAAAAUUUUCGUUGAUUAUUUGGUUGAUAGAUUGGAAAACUAUUUUAAAAUUGGUGAUAAUUUGAAAAACAAACAGCCACCUACUUAUACACUAGAACAGGCUUUAAAUAAAGUCCAACAUGGUAGAAAUUAUAGUAGUAUAAAACGGGAAACCGCCGAGGUUUUAUUAAAAAGGGCAAUAGAACCAGAAGGAGAUCGUUUUAAAUUCACUUUGGAUCAAAGGAUGAAAAAUUUCGUAAAUCCUUUAAGAGACCACCGGUAUAAUAUGGAAUCUAUGAAUACUUUUCCAGUCAAAUGCCCCAUACUAAUGAUUUUAGGUAAUCAAAACGGUUUUCAGUUGAAAAUAAUGGAUCCUAUUAUAAAAUUUUUGAAAAAAUGGAAAAAUGUUGAUGUGAAAAUAGUCGAUGGUAAUCACGACGUUCACAAUGACUAUCCAGAAAAAGUGGGAUCUUAUAUAAACAAUUUUCUGUUGUUGAAAAAAGGAAAAUUAUAAAAAAAAUAGUUGCUAAUUAUUUUAUAUAAAGAUAAAUAAUAAAAAUGUUGCGGAAAAAUAAUUUCUAGAUGAUAUUUAUUACAACCCUUAUCUUAAUAAUGAAUCAGAUGAAACAAACAUGAAUGUCGAUUACUAGUUUGAGGUUAUGUCAAGGGCGUACCCAGGUCGUUUAAAAAAAAUGUGUUAUUGAAUUGAUGUAUUGAAAUACAUCAUUUUUAUUGAGUUUGGUGUUUCAUUUAUUCGUUACGAAAUAGUACCUGCCACCCCACAGCCCAAAUCCUAGGAACGCCACUGGAUUAUAUCAAAACUUUGGUAUGGGGUAUGUUCCACUCAACACCCGCAACAUUUCUACGAUAUUCGCGGAAUUUUUAAAUCUCAAAGCAAACAAUAUGUGAAAGUUUCAUUAUUUGAUGCGGCAGUUUAAUAAAUAAUUAUUAAAAUUCACUAUUAAGACCUAUAACAUCCCAAAUA